UUGCUCACAGGGUUCAAAAGGUUGGGGAUCCCUGAUAUAGAUAAAGUAAAGCUGGUUAUUAUGCAUUAGUUAAUUCCUCCCCCAACCACUGAAUAAAGAGUGUGAUGUACACACAAUGAGCCUGGGCUGCUAUGUUACAGAGAGGCUCACUCAGCAGUUACAGUAACACACGGCUUUGUGAACACAGUUUCAAGCUUGCUGCUGGGAACAUCACUGUGUGUCUGCUGUGUUUAUAUUCAUAGUAGUUCUAUAUAAUAGGCACUAAUAAUAAAUAAUAAUAAUUAUUCCAUAAAUGGGAAAUGAUGAUAAUAGCAGCAUAGUCAGCAAAUCCUGCCAGGAGAGUUCCCCCUUUAUCAUGGUGAAUGUUGGGCAGGCCCUGUGUCAUCCACUGCAGGCUGCAGAAAUUCAGAUGGAGCAGUCUACUAGAGACGAGGGGGACGUCAUGCCUGAGGUAUGUUUAAUUACUGGGAUUAUUAGCAGCCCUCGCAACCAUUUGAUUUCAUGCUUGUAUAAGAGUGAUCCAGUCAUUCACAUGGCAAGGGUUGGGGUAGAUUUAUUUCACCUCCACCCACACAGCAGAUGGAACAUUCCUGUCCAGAGAAGUGACUGGUCUGUAAAGCUUUUUGAGCAGUGCAGGGACAUCAGAAAGCAACAGCAAGGCUGGAGAAUGGGGGAGUCCGGACAAAGCAGCAGACACAGACGACUUUUCUGGAACCUCCGCCAGCGCUGGAAGCUACUCGGGCUCUUUGAGAUCGAUAAGGAACAUGAGUUCUACCGUCUGACCUGUGACCUGAAACAGGGACUGAAGCAAGCCAUCCAAGAAAGCAUCCGUAAUGAUACCACGAUUGAAUUUGCAGAUGAGGAUUACAGUGCAAAGAUCACACAAGGUCAUGAGGGCUUUGUGAUGAGGACCUACGCUGGCCCGGUGUUCUCCUAUUUUCGGCAGUCACUGGGGGUGUCAGAGGAAAGUUUCAUGAGAUCUCUCUCUUGCAGUGAAUUCUACCUACAGUUCAUUAGCAACUCCAAAAGCAAAGCAGACUUCUUCUUAACGAAUGACAAGCGUUUCUUCCUAAAGACUCAGACAAAGAGGGAGGCCCACUUAAUGUUGCAGAUCCUACGCCGAUACCUACAGCACUUUCAGUUAUACCCCCACUCUCUGCUUGUCAAAAUCUUGGGUGUUUACAGCAUCACUUAUGCUCAGAACAAAAAGAAAUACUUCAUCAUCAUGCAGAGCGUAUUCUUCCCAGAUGAGAGGAUCACAAGCCGGUAUGAUAUUAAGGGCUGCAAAGUGAGUCGUUGGACUGAGCCAGAACCAGAGGGAAGCCGAGUGUUGCAGGUCUUUAAGGAUUGUAACUUUGAGGGACAUGUUAUCUGCCUUGAUCAGCAGCGAGCCUGGUUGUUACGGCAGAUGGAGCUGGACUCGCGUUUUCUGCAACAGCUCAAUGUGAUAGAUUACAGCCUACUUGUUGGCUUUCAGCCAUUACAUGCCGAUGAAAAGAAACAGAGCUGGUCCUUUGCCAACCUCAUCGUCAGAACAAAAAGGUCUGUAAAUGGGGCAGCCAGGCCUACUGCUUCAAACACAGCCUCGGUUCCUGGCACUGUAGAUGGGGAAGAGGACUCCAGUGAAAUGGAUGAAGGUGGCACGGGGCUCAUGGGUUCCCAAGAAAUGACACCUGCCGAUCAAAUCCCCAUGAAAAAACUCAAGGCACAGCUCAGCACGGUCUCGGACACCUCUGAAAUUAUUGCACAAAACAGGCGCCUGCUGCCCAACUACAAGAACGCGCUGCAUGUCGUGGAUGGGCCAGAGCAGAGGUAUUUCGUUGGCAUCAUCGACAUUUUCACGGUGUAUGGCCUGAGGAAAAGGCUGGAGCAUUUGUGGAAAAGUGUAAGAUUCCCAGGGCAGGAAUUCUCCACCGUCAGCCCCUUGUACUACUCCCGUAGGUUCUGCCACUGGGUGGAAAGUCAUACUGUAUGAGCCUCCUUAAUAAAAUCAGGCAACCAACA